AUGAGACUGGCGGCUCUCUACAAAAGCAUGGGUAACCUCUGGAAUGCAGUUGAUGUCGUGGAUAUCCCAGGUGCAAUAUCUCCUGAAAAAUUACUUGAUUGUCGCAAAACCCUAUUUGGCCGAUUUUACACAAACCCUGCCUUGAACUUUACUGCUUUUGUAAACACUAUGAAAAAAGCUUGGAGGACGGAUAAAUUUACCUGUGCGAUGCUAGAGCCUGGUUUCUUCUCCUUCUCCUUCCAGUUGGAAGCUGAAAAACAAAGGGUGCUUGCAUCUGGGCCUUGGUCCUUCUCCAGCCAUCUUCUCGUACUUAAGCAAUGUGAACCUGACACACCUGAGUUCUGUUAUGAUUUUAAUCAUUGUGAUUUUUGGGUAAAUUUCAUCGGCUUACCUUAUGGGAGAGUUACUUAUGAUGUAGUCGAGGAAAUUGCUUCCAAACUUGGAGUAGUUGUCGAAGUGAAACUGGAGGAGAAAGGAAAUAACAGUUAUAAGGUGGGUAAAGCCAGAGUAAUGAUGCCAUUAGCAAACCCUUUGAAGACAGGUGUGUUAGUGAAUCUAGAUAGCAAGAGGCUCUUGGUUGAAUUCAAAUAUGAACGACUGCCAUACUACUGUUAUUCUUGUGGCAAAAUUGGACAUUAUGUAACGAAGUGUGCUAAAAUACCUUACAAGGAAUCAGGGUUGGAAUAG